GUCUGCCCGCCUCUGAAAUGGGCUCAUAACGAACCCCUGACCCCAGGCUCCGCCGCCUAAAGCCAACGCCCUCACCCAAUCCCUCCCCUUCCCUCCCGGGACCCCAGGAGGCGCGGGGACUCUGGAGGCGGCCCUUUCCCCGGGAGGCGCCUGGGUGGCACGGUCAGCGUCUCAGCUCCUGGGGUCUCUGGGCUCCGCGCUGCCCAAGGGGUGUAGAGGGGCCUCUGGAGGGGGUGGGUUCGCUCCAGCCAGAAAGCCCGGAGCCGCCCAGGAAUGUUGGCUCGGACUAAGAGCAUUUCCUCCCAGGCCGGCCGGGCGCGAUCCGGGGAGGGCGGCUGCGGGCAGACGCGGCGCUGCGCUGGGCCGGGCCGGCAACAUGCGGACCCUGCUUGGCGCGCUGGCCGGGCUGGCUUUGCUCCGCGCCGCGGGCGCUUUGGCUGCUGCAGAACCCUUCAGCCCUCCCCAAGGAGACGCAGCUCAGAGCACAGUGUGUGACAGACACAUGGCUGUGCAACGCCGUCUGGUUGUCGUGGAGGAGGUAACAGCGUGGUUUGGAAGGACAUGCGGGAUUGUAGAGAAGACCGUGGAGCACCUGGCGACAGAGGUGAAAGGCCUGCUGGGCCUGCUGGAGGAGCUGGCCUGGAACUUGCCCCCAGGACCCUUCAGCCCGGCCCCCGACCUCCUCGGAGAAGAUGGCUUCUGAGCCCCGGAGCUGGAGCCCAGCAGCUGGAGGUGGUGCCCUUGCCAGGCAGCACCCUCUGAGAGCCAGCCCUGUCCGCUCGCCUUCCUUCCGCAGCUUCGUGUGCAAUAAAAGCUCCUCCUUCUGUCUCCUCUGUCUGCUGACAGAGUAACCCGUUUAACUACAGCCCCCUCUCCCUCCACUUCCAUGCCUGGAGGAGGCCUACAACCCCCCCCCAGGCUCAGACCUGGGGACACCCCCAUUCCCGCCAUCUGUGCUUUAGUCCUCCUUAAUUACAGGAGCAGAUGAGCAGGGGUUGAUUCACAGAGGUGGGGGCUCUUCGAGUGGCCUUGCGUCUAAAAAUGUGGCCAUAGGUGAAAAGCAAGGGGAUCAGGGUCUCAGGCCCCACCCAGACUUCUUAAUCCAAAUCUCCAUUGCAAUGAGACCCCCAGGGAAUUUAUGUGUACAUUAAAGUGGUUUGUUGUUUUUUUAAAAAAAAUUCCUAUGAAGUGAAAUUCAAUGUAAAAUUCAUCAUUUUAACCAUUUUAAAUUGUACAAGGCUGGGGGAAGUGGUUUACACCUAUAAUCCUAGCACUUUGGGAGGCCAAGGUGGGAGGUUCACUUGAGCCCAGGAUUAGGAGGCCAUCCUGGGCAACAUGGUGAAACCCUAUCCCUGCAAAAAAUACAAAAAAUAGCCUGGCAUGGUGGCAUGUGCCUGUAGUCCCAGCUACUCAGGAGGCUGGGGUGGAAGGAUCACCUGAGCCCAGGAGGUCAAGGCUGUGGUGAGCCAUCAUGGUGCCACUGCACUUCAGCCUGGGUGACAGAGUGACACCUUGUCUCAAAAAGAAAAAAUCAUACAAAUGCAGUGUCUUCCGGUACAUUCACAAGUUGUCAGUCAUUACCACCAGUUUCAGAAUACUGUUCAAACUCUAGAAAGAAACUCUGUACCUGUUAUGCAGUCACAUCCCAUUCCCGAUCCCCCAACCCCCUGGAAACCACCGAUCUCUGUCGCCAUGAACUUGCCUAUUCUGGACAUUUUAAAUGCAGUAGCCCGCUUUAUCUGUGGUUUCACUUUCCAUGGUUUCAGUUACCUGCAGUCAACCACAAUCCUAAAAUACUAAACUCCAGAAAUAAACAACAUAUGAGUUUUCAGUUGUGCAUCAUUCUAAGUGGCGUGAUGAAACCUCUCACCUUUCCCCUUUGUCCCACCCCGGACAUGAACGCUUCCUUUAUCCACCAUGGUCCACGCUGUCUACACUUCCUGCCUGUUAGUCACUUAGCAGCCUUCUCAGUUACAGAUCAACCGCCACAGUAUCACAGGGCUUGUGUUCCAGCAACAUUUCUUUUACUUAAUCAAGACCCAAAGUUCAAGAGCAGUAUUGCUGGCAUAUGGUGGUGGUUUUCCAUGCAACUUUCCCGUCACAGAAACUGGCAUAUUGUUCUAAUUGUUCUAUUUUGUUCUUAGCUAUCGUUGCUAACCUCUUACAGUGCCUGAUUUAUAAAUUAAACUUUAUCGUAGAUAUGCAUGCAAAGGAAAAAACAUAGUAUGAUAGGAUUAGAUAUAUUGUGGUUUCAGGCAUCCACUAGAGGUGUUGAAAUGUAUCCCCUGAAGGUAAGGGGGUACUACUGUAAAUAGAAUCAUACGAUACGUACCCUCACUGUAUCUGGCUUCUUUCUCUGAUCAUGUUUUCAAGGGCUGUCCGUAUUGCAGCAUGUAUCAGUGCUUCAUUCUUCUUAUGGAUGAAUAAUGUUCUCUUGUAUGAAUAUACCACAUUUUAUUCAUUUAUUCAUCAACUGAUGGACAUUUGGGUUGUCUGUACUUUUUGGCUAUUAUGAAUAAUGUUGCGAUGAACAUCCAUAUACGAGUUUUUGUGUCAAUAUUUGCUUUUUUAUUUGUUUGGGGUCUAUACGAGAAAGAAAUUGCUGAGUCAUAUGGUAACUCUUACGUUUAAUUUUUUGAAGAACCACCAAGCUCUUGUAUUGCAGCUGUGCUGUUCUAUAUUCCCACCAGCAAUAUUCACUGUGGGUUUUUCCUGAUGCCCUCUAGCAGGUUGAGACAUUUUCCUUCUAUUCUUAGUUUGUUAAGUGUUAUUUUUCUGCAUCAAUUGAGAUGAUCAUGUGAAAUUUCUCCCCUUUCACUUUAUUAAUUAUAUGCAUUAAAGUGGUUUUUUGUUUUUUGGUUUUUUUUGAGACGGUCUUGCUCUGUUGCCCAGGCUGGAGUCCAGUGGUACAAUCUCGGCUCAUUGCAACCUCCAUCUUUGGGUUCAAGCAAUUCUCCUGCCUCAGCCUCCCGAAUAGCUGGGAUUACAGGGUACCCACCACCACACCCGGCUAAUUUUUAUAUUUCUAGUAGAGACAGGGUUUUGCCAUGUUGGCCAGGCUGGCCUUGAACAUCUGACCUCAGGUGAUCCACCCGCCUCUGCCUCCCAAAGUGCCAUCACAGGGUUGAGCCACCGUGCCAGACCUGAUUUUUGUGUAUUAAAUGACGCAUGCAUUCCUGGGAUAACUUUCACUUGGUCAUGGUAUAUGAUGCUUUUAAUAUGCUGCUGGAUUUGGUCUGCUAUCAUGUUGUUCGGGAUUUUUGCACCUAUAUUCAUAAGACUUAUAGGUCUGUAGGGUUUUUUCCCUUGUAAUAUCUCUGUUUGCCUUUGGUACCAGGAUAAUACUGGUCUCGUAGAAUAAGUUAGGAAGUGUUUCCUCCUUUGCUUGCUUAUUUAUUUAUUUAGGUAAGAGUUUGAGAAGGGUUGGUGUUACUUCCUUAAAUGUUUGCUACAAUUUA